AUGGAAAAGGAUGCAAGACCCAACUGGGACAACCCCAUGCAGUUUGUGCUGGCAUGUGUGUCAUAUGCGGUCGGACUGGGAAACGUGUGGCGGUUUCCUUACCUUUGUCAGAUGCAUGGUGGAGGGGGGUUCUUGAUUCCAUAUCUCCUCAUGCUGUUUCUGGAGGGUGUGCCCUUAUUUUACUUGGAGCUUGCCAUUGGUCAGAAAAUGCGUCUUGGUAGCAUCGGGGCGUGGACUGCCAUCAGCCCUUAUUUGGGAGGAGUGGGUCUUGCUAGUGUUGUGACUUCCCUGUAUCUGUGUCUCUAUUACAACAUCAUCAAUGCAUGGAGUUUCUGGUACCUCUUUCAUUCAUUUCAAUCAGUCCUGCCCUGGGCAGAUUGCCCCAUCAAUUCCAAUCAAACAGGACCUAUAGAGGAGUGUGAAAGGGGCACACCCACCCAGUACUUCUUCUACAGGGAAACACUGGACAUUUCUUCUUCUAUUGAAGAGAAUGGACGCAUUCAUACAGGUCAGGCACUGUGCCUCCUGCUCGCCUGGGUGAUUACGUACCUGUUCAUUGUCCGAGGUGUAAAGUCAACUGGAAAGGUGGUGUACUUUACAGCCACAUUUCCAUAUGUGGUCCUCUUUAUCUACCUGAUCCGGGGCGUCACUCUUCAUGGUGCCAUCAAUGGUGUCAAAUACAUGUUCACACCCAAGAUGGAACAGCUUGCCAACCCUACUACAUGGAUCAAUGCAGCCACUCAGAUAUUUUUCUCUCUGGGUUUGGGUUUUGGGUCACUCAUAGCUUUUGCCAGCUAUAACCAGUACAACAACAACUUUGAGCACCAGGCCAUCAUUGUCUCCCUCAUCAACAGUGGAACCUCCAUCUUUGCCAGCAUUGUCACCUUUGCCAUCUAUGGGUUUAAGGCCACCGUCAACUACGAGAACUGCCUAGAGAGGACACGCUUACUGCUGCUGAAUGCCUUCAAUCUAGCAGAGGACAGCAUUACCAUGGACACUGUCUUUGAUUGGAUUGAGAAGCUGAACACAACAUACCCGCAGCAGUUUGCUGAACUCACCAACAAACUGGAAAACUGUGACCUGGGGAGUGAACUAGACACUGCUGUAGAGGGGACAGGUCUGGCCUUCAUAGUGUACAGUGAGGCUAUUAAAAACAUGCCAUUCUCUCAGCUGUGGUCAGUGCUGUAUUUCAUCAUGCUCCUGCUGUUGGGAAUGGGCAGCAUGCUGGGCAACGUCACGGCCAUCAUCACCCCGCUACGAGACUUUAAAGUCAUAUCCCGCAUGAGCAACGAGUUGUUCAACGGUUUAGUGUGUGUGUUCUGUCUACUGCUCGGCUUGGGCUUCACCACCACAUCAGGGAACUACUGGUUUACCAUGUUCAAUGAUUACGGAGCCACUUUCUCCCUGCUGUUCAUUGUCCUAAUCGAGGUCAUAACUGUCAGUUACAUCUAUGGAAUUAAAAGGUUUGAAAAAGACAUAGAAGACAUGCUCGGUCAUCGUCCCAACUGGUACUGGAAGAUCAUGUGGGCAGGCGCCAGCCCCCUUCUCCUUAUUGUUCUAUUCAUCUUCUACAUCGUCAAGUACAUCCAAGGAGGGACACCUACCUACCAAGCAUGGAACAAAGAGCUGGGUAAAUCAGUGGCGACGGAGUAUCCAGUCUUUGGUCAAGUCUUCAUUGGACUGCUGCUGGUGUCGUCAGUCAGCUGUGUUCCCCUCACAGCUCUGUAUGUCUACUGCAGGAAGCGGAAAAAUGGAAACCAUCACAAGAGGCAGCAUACUGUAAGCACAGUAUCAGCUUAGUGACACAGCAACAGUACAUCAUUUAUUUGCUAUUACACGGAGGGACAGUGGAACAUGAUCAGUGGUCAUUUGAGUUUUCCUUGCCAUUUUUUUUCUUCACUUUCACCAAAUUUUACAUUAUUGAAAGUAUUUUUGAAGUUUUCUACCUGCAGGAGGACUUCUUUUACUACAGUGAUCAAUACCCUCUUACAGCAGGAAACACAAAACAAUUGGAAAUAUGGGGACAUAAAUUUCAAAUGAAAAUUAGGUUAAACAUUUCUGCUCCUUUAAAAAAAAAUCUGUGUAUUUUCCAAUUAAUGUAUUAUUGUAUCAUUCCUCUCAGCAUUAAAGUCAUACUUUUUAGACAGAUUCCAAACAUACUCUGUAAACUAAAAAAAUUCAAGUUCAUCCCAUUCCACAGAGCACAAAGAAUUCCUCGCUCAGUCUCAAUUAUCAGUUUCCACAGUUUAACUGUGGAACAAGUUAUUAGUGUAGAUGUAGUUUGUUUAAUAGUCAAACAUUUACAGAAAAUGGAGCUGUAAUUCAGUGUUUCAUAUGUAGGAGUUAUGAGAUGUAGUGUUUGAGUAUGUUAGUUAUCUUUUCAUAUUUUAUAUACAUAUAAAUGUCUUUAGUCAAGUUGUUUCAUAUUCAGCCUUAGAUAUUAAUUUCUGUUAUCAGUGGGGUCCAACCAAGUCAAGUUUAUUUGUAGAAAUCCAAAAUCCCACAAUGGGAUUUUGGUCCAGUAAUAGGAUUACAGAGGGGCCAGCACUACUGCCACUAGUAGCAUUUAGUUUCUCUUGUUUCAGGAAUUUUCUAAAAUUGACUUCCAGUAUUUUCAAAGGUAUUUUGAAAAGGGCAGUUUUCAUCACAAGUACCAAAAAGUGACACUUUAUUCUGUAGAGCUGGAAACUCCCAGCAAAAAAAUAUCACACCAUAUUGGCUGAAUUUUGUCACUUGUUUUAGGAAAAUAAGAUGUUGGAUUUAGAAUACACUGAUUAAAGUGUAGAUCUUUUAAUAGUCUAGUCAUCUAAUUAAUAUCUUGUGUUGAGUCUGGUAAGCGGAUUUAUGUGUGUUCUCUUUGUAAGAAGGUUGUACAAAUUACCUGUUUUUCCUACAUAUUGAGUAUUUUUUGAUAACUAGUUUUAUAUCUGUUUUAAAAUGCUGGCAUCUGCUAUCAUACCCUCUCUAUAAUAGAGUUAAAGAGCGAGUACAUCAAGUCACUUGUAUGAAUCAGUAGUAGAGCUACUGUGCCAAAUAUAAAUUUAAUAUUGAAAUAUUUUCUUUUUCAGCCUCAAACAUGUAAACUGUGUACAUAUUGUAAAUAUGUGGGUCAUUCAAAUUAUCUAAUGAUUAGAAUGCUCAAUAAAUAUGUGACCUUUUCUUUAAUUGUGCUAUUGACUAAAUGAAAUAUUAGUAACUACCACAGACAAUGAACUGCCAUUAAAAACUAGUUUUAUUAAAAUCAAA